GUUUAUUCGUCUUAUGUCCAGCCGGCGUUUGACAUGUUGGGCGGCCCUCUUCCUCCGCUCACUCCUCCCGACUACGAAGGCAAUCAGACCUUCCAGCUAGGCGGCCCGUCACAGUCGCAGUCGCAGUCGCAGGUGCAGUCGCAGGUGCAGCAGCAGUUGCAGCCGCAGUUGCAGCCGCAGCCGCAGUCAACGUUGGUGCCUCAUGUGACUGCCAACCCCGACCAACGUCUGACCGCACGAUCCCUCGUGGCACGCACCUUGCCUUCCACACACCUGAGCCAGCAGGGCUCUUCUGCCACGGCGUCCUCAAAGCAGGCGCUUGCCGGCCCCUCCUCUGGAGGGGGUCCGACAGGCAAGAGCUAUGUCGUCCCGCCGCGGCCAAAGCCUGGGCGCAAGCCCGCAACUGACGAGCCUGCGUCAAAGCGCAAGGCCCAGAACCGCGAGUCCCAGCGAGCCUUCCGCCUGAGGAAGAUGGCGACUGUGGCAGCUCUGAAGGAGGAGGUGACCGAGUUGAAAGACGCCGUUCGCGAGCAGCAGGAGCAGACCAACUAUUGGCACAACCGCUGCAUGGAGCUCGAGCAAAGGGAGAAGGAGCGGGGACUGGCCUCCCACUCCCAGCAACAGAGUUCCCCCAUGAUCACCAUGCCCUUCCCCAAUAGUUCUGUGCAUGAAGCACGCCAGGAGGACUCGCCCAGCUUUGCGUACAACACUCCCAAGACGGAGAUUCCUGACGGCUGUGGCAAGUGCAAGCCCAAUGGCGAGUGCCCAUGCAUCUCCGACAUUGCGAACCAGGUGACGCUGGACGACGACUAUGAGCCUGCUGUGGCUCUGCCUGCCAGGUCAACCACGAAGAAGACGCAGACGACAGCGCAGACGACAGCGCAGACGACAACGCAGACGCCCCAAGCAUUCUCCGAGGUAGAGAUGGACUUCACCAGCAGGUCUGCAGCCCAGCAGCCCUACCCCGAUCCACGCGCCUCCAUCAACUUCAUGUUGGACAAUGAGCACGAAAGCUGCGGAUUUUGCACCGACAUCAGCAACUGUGCCUGUCGUGAUCUUGCUGCCAGCGCAGCAGCGGGCGAGUCUGCACCAGACCCGAUGCAAGGAACUAGCAGCUACAGCGCGAUGGAGCUCGACGCCGCCGGUAUCAUCACGACGCUUGGAAACAGCAGAAAGUAGGACGACGACUCUGACGAUUAUACCCCGACUGCCUAGUAGCAUACAUAGAUAGCUUAGAGCUUUAAUGCAGACUUCAUGAGAC